GAGGUUCUACUUUUCUUAAAACCCGUCACGGCGACCCCUCCCCCUGUCCGGCAUGGAAGAUUCGGAGAAAACGAUGGCGUUGAAGAAGGCGUACGCGGAGAUAAUACUGAACACGGCGAAGGAGGCGGCGGUGAGAGUUAUGGUAUCGGAAAAGAAAGCGGCCCGGUUUCAUCAGGAUCUGAGUGCUACCAAGGACGAGGCGGUUCGAUUGCUAGUCCGCUGGAAGCAGAUGAUGGAUGCUAAGACAAUUGAAGCAGAGAAAACAUCCCUCAAUCAGCAGAAAAAGAUUGAUGAGCUUGAAGCCCAGCUCCAUGAGGCAGAGGAUAUCAUAACAGAUCUGAGAACAGAGUUGAGAUAUGUGCAGGAUAAAUUGGAAAAAGUGAAGAAAAAUGAAAAUGAAAUGCGGCCUUUGAACGUACAAAUCACAGCUGAGGAUGAAUCUCCUCGGAUAGAUUCAAUGCCUGUACCCGUUACUCAUUCUCCUUUAAAUUUGGGAUUUGUAACCACAACAAAUUCUGAUUUGAGGAAUGACACAUUGGAUCAGAAAUAUUUGGAUGAUAAAUGCUGCAAUGCAUUAAAACAAGAUGAACAAUCAUAUAUUUCCCCUCUGGAGAGCCAUUUUGCACACAAUUCUGACAUAACCACAAUGCUUAUGAGAGGCAAGGAGCCUGAGCUGUAUAAAAAUGGAUGUACACAGAGAAUCCGUGCCCUUGAAAGAAAGUUUCUUGAUGAAAGAUUGCUUCCCCCUGGAGGUGUAGAGGAUCCCCAUUCAGUCUUAGAGAAUGAAUUGAUCAUGGAAACCAGUGCUGAGUAUGAUGAAAAAUGUCUGAUAUCCUCUCCUAAGUCCAAGAGCAUGAGGACAGCAAACUUUUCUAGGGAAGAGGUAAAGAAACCUGUCAAAAGCUGCAUUGCAAGAAGAAGAAAGACUCGAUUUGGUAGAGCCAAAUCUAGAUCACGCAGGUCUCGUGCUGGUCAGCUCAUCAAACCUUCUCCAUCUUCUGUUCUAUCCCAUUCCAGAAGGUAUCCUAGCAACAGAAGUGUUAAAUCUGAUGAAUGUUUACAGACUGUAUCAUCUAUUAAGGAUGACCAUAUGGAUUUAUCAGGAUCAGAAGAGGAGUUGGAGCAUAAAAGCAACUGCUGUAAAGAUGAAAGUGAAUUGAUUCAGAAUGGGAACGGAUGCUUGAAACUGGAAAGUAGGGACACAAUUGCUACCUCAUUCAAGUCUCAUCUAUGUCGGUUUGAUGAAACAUGUUGCAAAACUACUACAAAUUCAGUAUCCUUUAAUGUUAAUUCUGGUGACAAUCAAUUGAGGAUAGCCAAUAAUGAGGCCAAGAUAAAGCCCUUGCCUAAUUUGGAUCCUGGCUUGACACUAUUUAAAAGUGAUAUGGAUCCUAUAUCAGGGUCCAAAAAUAUCACUAUGAGUAGUGUCAAGGCACUAAAUAAGUGUGGACUUGUCCAGAAUAUAGCAGAUAAGGACAUGAAACUCAGAGAUGAGCCCAUGUUGCAUAUGCAAGAAGGUGAUACUAGGGUGAUUUCAAAGCUUCCAUCUUCUGAAUUGAGUUCAGAUCUGAUUGGUGUACCAUUGACAUAUUCUAAUUUGAAAGACACCAAGGCAUCAGAAGAAACUGAUGCAUCUCCUAUUAAGGUGGCCAAUGAUAGGCUUCUUAAAUACACCUUCCAGAGGAAGCGCAAGAAGGAAUCUUUUAGUGACUCUGAUGAAAAGACUUCUGCUGAAAACAUCAGUUUGAAGAAGAGAGCAGGUGAGAGACAAAAAAAUGCACAAGAGACAGAGAAGCCCAGCUUAAUGAAUGAAAUGACUAGGGAUAGUCGACGAAUGGCUCAGGUUGCUCGUCAGCUUAUUUCUCUGUCUGGGAAAAGAUGGUCAUGAAGGAGGUGAAUCUUGCCUUGUUCUGACGAGAAUCCAGAUGGGCCGGCUGAUGUAAACAACUUGAGGAAUGCUCAUUUAUUGAAACCAACUAAACGGGUAGCUUUUAAGGAUAAGAAUCCAGCUAGUAAAUUGAGAUGACUAAUGAGUGGAUUUGUGGUUAUUCUUACAUCAUCAAAAUUUAUUUCUCCAUAUAUAUUGCUUUUUUCUGAAUAUGGUCCCCUUGUCAUCUUCUUGGUUGUCUUCUGCAUGGGAUAAUAUUCUAUCUAAUAGUUUGCCUCAUUUACUAAAAUCUUCAGAGUUAUUAAUAUGCUGUUCUGAAUCAUUUGAAUUCUAGUGAUUGACCUCAAGGGGCUUAGGCAUCAAAUUUUCUUUUACAGUGUUAUGUUAAAGUUCAUAGCUGGCAAGUACAUAAAUUAAAUUGCCUACUGAAAUGAUGAAGAACACCCUAAUUCUACUGGAAUCUGUGUUGAAAUCCGAAAUCUAAAAGCAGAUUGCAGGAAAAUAAAAGUAUGAAAAUUUGCAGAUGUUUGAGUAGGGCUAGCCCUGUGUUCCUCCUUCCAAAAUUUCCUUUUUGUUCUUCUUGUGCCGGCAGUAACUUCCAUUUUCUGCAGUUACUCAAUCAUGGGUGGUUUCUUGAAGUAAUGGGACACCUCACCUUUUGACUUAGUCUAAUCCCCUUACAGAUUUCGCCACAUGUACUCUUAUCAGAUAAAACCCCUUUUUUAACUGCAAUCUUCUCUUAUUUUCCAACUCCCAUUAUCCCUUUCUGUAUCAAGAAGAUAAUUACUCCAUAAAAAAACUAUCUUUACCUCUCUUAUUUUGCCAACACAAGUGCUGUUUACAGUUUACACCCCAUGAUUAGCAUAAUUGGUGGUGCUGUAGAGCAAGAAGCAUCAUGCUUAUCAGCUCUCCAAUCCUCAUGGACAUGCCAUCAUGCCAUCAAUUAUUUCUCCUCUAUCUUUAUUCUCUUAAGGCAGCCCAACUUUCAUGCCAAACAUAGUGCUAAAGAAAUUGUUGUAAAAACUAAGCUAAAUGAGUACUAAACACAAAUUAAACAUCUAAUAAAUGAAUUAAUGAGAC